UAAGAUCUCAUGUGAACAGCAGGGAACGAUGGAGACAUCUCAAAUGCUCCUUCUGCUCUGUGUGUGGGCGCUCAGCAGCCUGGCCCUGCAAUCAGAAGAGGUGAUUAAACAGUGCCCAGAUAGGAUUUUGGGUACUGAGAGGAGACAAACAUGCCCAAAAAAAUGCCAGCAGGACAGUGAUUGUGGCAGCAAGCGACAGUGUUUAUGCGAUGGGCCGUGCGGACUCAGCUGUGUAGCUCCAGGUCGGACAUGCCCAUGGCCUCUUCCUGGUGGUCAACACUUCGAUGUGGCUCUCCUCUCUCCAUUUCCAUCUUUCUCUGCUCUCGUGGAAGUACGCUGUCACCCUGGGUACACCAUGGCCAAUGGCAUGGAUGCUGUUUUCCGCCGGUGCCAAGGUGACCGACAAUGGAGUGAUGAAGACCCUGAGUGUACAGGUGGGCAAAAACAUGAAAAAAAUGCCUUGCCUGAAUCUAAACCAUCUUGCCCUUUGCCUGAUCAUGAGUUGCUGUUAGUUGAUGGAAGUGUUGCUGUAGGCUCCACCAUACAGUACCAGUGCGCUCCUGGAUCUGUGCUGGUUGGAAACAGUGAAAAUGUUUGUCACAAGGACCAGACGUGGCGUUACCCACACCCCAUCUGUCAACGUGUAUUUUGUCCGCCGCCACAGGAAGUUAAUAAUGGUUACUUGGUGGCUGUGCAAAAAUCUAAAUACAGCAUAGGUGAUGCCAUAUAUUAUCUUUGCAAAAAGACCUUCCACUUAGAUGGGCCUAACCAAGCUACUUGUCAGAUUGACGGCACAUGGAGCACAGUACCUUUCUGCCGAGCUCGCUGUCCAAUCCCUGCACAGCGCAGUAAGGUGAUUGUGGGUGGAGUUAAGAGCUGGCCCUAUGACUUGACAGACAGGCUGGUUACUCACGGUGAGAACGUAACAUUCUUUUGCAAGCAUCCUCAAAAGCAUUGCAGUUUCACAGCUACAGAGACAUGCUUCGAUGGACUGCUCCCUGCUCCCAGUUGCUACCUUGAACCUACCUGGUUACAGUAUACACUCUACCCCCACCGACUGGUAUCGGAGAUUCAUCCAUGUGAUCCUGAUGAGCUGGACACGACCUCCGAGGGAACUUCUCUUACACUUACGUUCUAACUACAUGCCCCUUCACCACCACACUCACGGACUUCUUGUUAUCAAACUAUUCAUUUCACCUGUUAUAAGAUGUAGAUACAUGUAGAAACAUGUUUAUCCUUUCACUUCAUGCUGUGUUCAUGCAGGAGCAUAAAAGUAAUUAGAAUGCUGUUAGGGUCCAGUGAAUGCAGUUCAUAGUUUACCCACAGGGAGAUAAACAGAAUUUUGGGAAUCAUGAAUAUCAUUUAGAUUAAGUCUGGAACAUUUUCACUCAAAAGAUUGUAUUGCCACACCAAGCUGCCACUCCUGUGCCCCCGAGCCAGGCCCCUUAACCCCAUAGCUGCUCAGCUGUAUGAAUGAGAUAAAUGUGAGUCGCUCUGAAUAAUGAUGUCGUAAUUGUAUUGUAAACUUGUAUUUUUUAAAAGAUUUUCAAGUCAUUCACCUUAUUUUACAAAUCAUUCCAAAAGGCUCUAUAUUCAAGGGGAAACUUUUAUUUUUUAAGCAAAAUGUCUUCCCAAGAUUUUUCUCAGAUAACCUUUAAAAUGCCUUUGAACCAAAAAAUGAUUGAAUUCAUUCUAAUAGCUGGACAUCACACACGGACCUGCUGUCAAAUGGGGAGCCAAUGUUGAGAGAAAUGGCAAUCAAUGUAAAUAAUCAUUUGUAAAUAAAGUUACAUUUUUAUUUAGAAACAUUUUCACUUCCUCGUCGGUAUAAAACCCUUUGGGAUGUGUUGUAUAUUGAAUAAACAAGGCUAUAUUCAACUGAAUGUUUGAAAUGGAUGUAUGUUGUAAAUUAGCUGCUAUAGUCUUGUUUUGUAAAUGUAUUAAAAUAGCUGAAAGAGAUUUCAAGUAAUGUGGGACAAACUCUGUUUGUCAAAAUCGAUCAUAGUGUGUACAAGUACAGAGCUUAGCAUGACCAAAAUGCACUACAACAACAUGUGGGAACAGAACAAACACUGUUCAAUAAAGUUGUUUACUGAAAUAAUGAGCAGUACGUGAGCAUUUCUAAACAAAACACUCAGUCCGAGCACAACAUGAUUUAUACUGAUGACAAAAAUAUCAUUUUGGUUUUAUCAUUCUUUCAUUUGCUUUUAUUGUAAUGGACGAUUUCUCUUUGCAUAGUAGUGUAAGCAAUUAUUUUAUUGGAAAAAGUGGUAAAUACACCACCUGAAACAAGCUGAAAAAUCACUUCCAUAUAAGCUUAAAAUAAGCUUCCAUAAAGAUCAUCUGGAAAUGAAAUCUGGCACUCUGUGUUGUAUAUGGUGAUUCAUAAAUUUGUGGUCUGAGAGUUUUGCACACAUUCUGCUCUCUGUAACUCUCUGGAUUUCUAACCUUUGUUAGACUUUUUUAUUUUAUUCAAGAUACAGUUUGUUACUGAACUACUUUUAACUACUAUCAGCAUCCAAACAGCAAUCCAUUUACCUUUAAACUUAAACAAACGUGAACUUGGAUGGACAGGAAUGGAUUUUCUGUAGAGAUAGAUUGCAUCGCUGAUUGUGGAUAACAAAAAAAAAAGACAUCUGAAGAAAAUUUGGGGCAAAACAAUAAAACUGGAUUUUUCGGCUCGUGUGAGGUCCACACGUUGCAUUUUCAUGCGAACUGUUCACGAAAGUGAACCUGGUAAAGACUAAUCCUUGAUUGCAACUGUGUUAUUUUUCAAUUUGAAUAUUGCAUUGUUAAAAAACAAUAUGGACCAGGACUAACUGAAAAAGUAGGAUUAUUGAGAUUUUUUAAACCCCCACAUGCUUAAUUUUUUGUAGGUGCUAGAAGAAAUAUCCUUAUUAUUGUGUAUCUAAAAUUCAGGGAUUUAUUGCAAAACAAAAGGUGUAAAAGAAAAUAGAGAGCUGGGACAGUUGAAUUAUAUCUGAAGCGAGGAUGCACUGUAUUGAGCAAAGUUUAUCAAAGGCCAAAUUUCACAUGGGCUGCUUGGUUUGUUUUUCUCUUUCACAAUAAAGAAGCAGUUGGGACAUUCCGAUUGGUAUUUAUUAUUAUAGGUCAAAUCUAAAUUUGUUACACAAAUUAUGUAAUUAACAAAAGUGCUGACUGACACACACCCAUAUUAAUGCGCAUUAUAAUUUCUAUUAAUAGCAACCCAUUCGCAGGGAUGUAUUUUCUACAUAAUCUUUAUGUCAAAUGUGUUAUUAUUUAUUAAAAAAAAGACUUCUAAAUUCUUGCUAUGGUGAAGCAUGGAUUCAUUUAUUUAAUGUUAAUGGAGAUAAGUGGGUCAGUUUUCAGUUGUCAGUUUUUUUUAUCAAUCAGUAAGUUUACACCGUGGGAGAAUAUUUACGAAAAAGAACUUUGUAUUUUCUCUGAGUCUCUGUAGCAUGACAAGCUGAGAUUAUUUUCCUGCAAAAUGUGUUUAUAGCUAAUAUAACGUAAGAGCUAACAAGUGCUAACUUGUGUCAAAGAUUCUCUGCAAAAUUAUGGCAAAUAUGAAUGUCAGAAAAACAGUAUAUGGCACAUUAAUAAAGUAAAAUUAGAGGGUAGGGUUAGGGUACAUUAUUGUUACAAUUACAAAUAUUGUAUUCAAAAUAGGCAAAAAAAAAAAAAAAGUUACAUAAGAAAAAUAAAACACAUUGGGAUGUGGUGUGAAAUGUAUUAUGAGUAAAAACCAAAUUGUUUUUUGCACUGGCUGGCAUCAGCUACUUCUGACCUUCUCUCUACUGCUCCAUCAACAUUCCUCAAAGCAAAUACAAUACUGUUGCUCACGGAUGGUCACCUUUUCCCUCACCCAGGCUUCCACUACUCUUUCCCAUAACUUCAUGGUGUGACUGAUCAACUUAAUUCCCCUGUAGUU